AUGUCUCCAAGCGACAUCGUGACUAGCCCAGACAGACAGAGAAGAGUAACUCUACUCCAUCCAGCCCUAACGUCGGAGAUCCAUUAUCCAUCAUACAUACAUAAUAGUAGAGGGCAAGGAACUUUUGGCUCGGCAAGGGAUCCAUGUAUUGAAGUGUCUGUGCAGAAGGGGAUGAUGGGAGAACCGUUAUUUGUCUCGCGGAUUUUAGUUUUUUUCUUGACUUGCAACGGUCAAGGUAUUGGGGAUGUGCGAUGUGCUAUUUCAAGAUGCAUGCUGGCGGUUAAGGUUGGAGAGGAAAGGAGAGGAAAGGAAAAGAAGAGAAAAGGAAAAGAAGAGAAGAGAAGACAAGAGAUGGACGCCUCACUUGUGACCUAUGAACCAAGCAAGCAAGUAGCAUAUUCUGAUUCGUCCAAGAGAUUGAAUACUACCGUGUAUAGACUAUGUUGCAUAGUAGGUAGCAAAGAUGAUAAUGAUAACAAUGGCAAUGGCAAUGACAAUAACGAUGACGAUGCCCUUUGCUUUGUGCUCAGUUCCCCUAUUGUCAACAUUGGUGCAUGUAACAUAAUGACACCUCGUUAUUUUGGCUGUAAAGUCUAA